UCGGGCUAGCGGCUCUGCGACCAAAGCUCCAAUAUGUGGCCUGCACUGGAUAACCAGCAGUACAACGGAACGGAGCUUUGCAAGUUCGCAACUCAAAGUUUCUGAGUUGAUAAUCUUGUUCAUUUCCGCAUUCCCAUCAAAAUCCAAGGUAAGAAUUUCAGCCCAGAGACUUGAUACUCAUUGCUAUUUAGCCUAAAAAUUGGCCUACUGGGUUCUCUAUUCAUCUUGCACUUUCAAAUCUCAUCAAACUGGUCAUGACCCAUUUUCCGAAGCUCAGAAUACUAUCUAUUCUCAAAUGGGUUUCUUCAAAUAUUGGUGAAAAUCACCUCGGUUCAUCAAAAUCCCGAGUUUGGCCAACUGAGGCUUUCCACAUUGCCCCAAACCCUCGGUAUUAUGGAACAAAAAGAACUGUUCAAAGUGAAACAUGUGAAAGUUUUUAUAAAGCUUCAUCUGCUAAUAGCAAAAUCGUUAGUAAAUUUUCUCCUCCCAGAAGGAAGAAAGCCCAAGCUGCAUUGCUGGAUUAUUUGCAUUCAACUAGGAGCAUGCAAUUCUUGGAUGCCGAGAAUAUGAGUAAAAACUCGCCGCAUUUUCUCGAAAAUCUUUUGAAAAGGGUCGAAAGUGAAGAGGAUAUUGGGAGGUCUAUUGCCCGGCUGUUGCGUUACCAUCCCAUUAAUGAAUUUGAGCCCUUUUUUGAGAGCUUGGGUUUGAAACCUUCUGAGUAUGUUCCUCUUCUUCCACGCAAUUUGAUGUUUCUGAGUGAUGAUGAUUUGUUGCUGGAGAAUUAUCAAGUGUUGUGUAAUUAUGGGAUUGCGCGGAAUAGGAUUGGAAAGAUUUAUAAGGAGGCAAAAGAAGUUUUUCGAUAUGAUUACGGGGUUUUGUCAUCAAAGCUACAAGCUUAUGAAGAACUGGGGCUUAGCCGGUCUACCAUAAUUAAGUUUAUUGUUUCUAGUCCUUAUCUUUUGAUUGGAAAUGUAAAUGUGGAGUUUGUUCAGGUUUUAGAGGAGCUGAAGAGUUUUGGAAUGGAAAUCAGUUGGAUUGAGGGGCAAUUGUUGGAGGGGACUACUUAUAAUUGGAGCCAGAUGUUUGGCCUUCUCUGCUUGUUUAGGAAGAUGGGAUGCAGUAAGGAGCAGUUGGCUGGAUUGAUCGCCAAGCAUCCGGGCUUUCUAUUUGAGGGCUCUGGGGAUAGGACACUUUCUCUAAUUGGGUUCUUAUUGAAAUUUGGAUCCACAAUGGACCAGAUACAUUUGAUGUUUCUGCAGUUUCCACAAAUCCAAGUUGGGAAAUUUGUUUUGAAUUUGAGGCAGUGCCUUGUUUUCCUGAAUGAGAUUGAUAUGGAGGUUUCAGAGAUUGGGAAGAUUGUCCGCUCUCAUGCCCUAUUGUUGGGUUCAUGUACUUUGAAGAAAACUAACAGCUUGCUUACUAACUUGAAUGUUGGGAAGAAGCGACUUCGUAAAAUUGUCCAGGAGAACCCACAAGAAUUGAAUAAUUGGGUUCUAGGAAAUAGAGUUAAGCCAUUACCAAAUUCAGGAGAGGGCCUAAAAUCAAAAAUAGAGAGGUCUAAGUUUUUAUUGAGCGUGGGAUUUGUAGAGAACUCGGACAAAAUGAAAGCAGCAUUGAAGGUAUUCCGAGGCAAGGGAGAUGAGCUUCAGGAGAGAUUUGAUUGUAUCGUGAAAGCUGGUUUGAAGCAGAAGGAUGUUUCUGAAAUGAUUAAAGUAUCACCUCAAAUUCUUAACCAGACAAAAGAUGUGAUUCAAAUGAAGAUCGAUUUUCUUGUAAAUGAUUUGGGUUAUCCCAUAUCAUCUUUAUUAAAAUUUCCAUCAUUUCUUCAAUACACAUGUCAGAGGGUCAAGCUUAGAUUAUCAAUGUAUUAUUGGCUCAAAGAUCAAGGAAAAGUAGAUCCCAAGCUGUCCUUGAGCACUAUAGUUGCAUGCUCAGAUAGUGUAUUUCUUAGGCAGUAUGUGAAUCAUCAUCCUAGCGGCCCUCAGGUUUGGCAGGAUUUGAAGAAAAGAUUUUGUUCUGAAUAAUAAAUAUUAACUUGUACUUUUAAGGGUUUUGGCGUUUAGCCUUGCAAGUUAUCAGCAAGUCGGUGUGGAAAAGUUCUUUCUUUUACAGCUACAAGUUGAGAAAUUCAUCGAUGGUUUUUUAUCCACAUAUUUAAAUGAAGCCAAUUUUUUGUCAAGUUUGCAAGCGCAUAAGUGAAUUCAAGGACAAAAGCAUUUAAAACCAGGUAACAUUGCAGUUCUUACUAUUUCCAUGAGCAAAGCUUGUCACUUUCUUCGUUGUUUUGGCCAUGUGCAGCAGAUACUUAUGAGCUGCUGAUAGUGGGAGGCUCAAUGGGGUGAAAUCUUAGCCACAGUCACCUUCAAUGACAAAGAAAAUCUUAGCAGCUCAGCCUUCCAAAAAGAUUCAAAGAGAAUUGUUGCAAUAUCAGCUUUUUAAAAUGGCACAGCCGCCUCCAGUGGUGAUGCUGCUGAGUCUUCCAUGGAGAUAAUGUAACUGCGAAAGAGAUAAUCUGGUUAGUCACUUUGCAUCAAAUGCUGAGAUGUGCUGAACCUCGUUAUAACAGACUCCUACCAUUAGAUGAUUGAUGGGUUUCCCAAUAUGGAUUCAUAGUCAAGGAAUGCAGUGGUAUAAUCCACCCAAGGGUGGGAACUUUCGACACAAGGCAAGCUUUUAUAUGUUCCGAUGAAUUCUUUUCUCAAAAUAUUCAUGCGAGCAUAGAACUUUAUAUAUUGCCUAAAGUCCUUUUAGCCAAUCAUUUUCUGUACGUAAUGGUUGCAACUGAUUCUAACCAUUCCAAGAAGAUUUUAGGGGGUUGUUUGCCAAUGGACCAAAAAAAAGUCUCAUAUUAUUCAUCUCAAAUUCAACUCUCAACAUUCUUACUUUUUACAUCACAUCAAUAAUCUUUUUCUAUUACUAUUUUAAUAAAAAAAAAAUACAAAACAAUUUUUUUUACUUUCCAUACAAAACAUUUUUACUUUUUUACACAUCAAUCAAAUCUUGCUACAGUUCCAGGCCACUUUCUUUUUUCAAGCCAGUGGCAAACAGCCCCUAGAGAACCUGAAUACUUGCUCUUGGUGAGUCAAGAGUCAAAGACCAUAGUGAAGAAAAUUUUGCAGCUGUGUAAUUUUGACUUCGAAAGAGUUUAUUACUGCUGUUAGAACAAAGAUUAAGAUAGGAGUGGUUGUUCUUUUGUAAGAUGUGUUGGGAUGAUGCUUAAAUCAAGACUAACUUGGGGUCAAUUACAUGUUGAAGAGGGAUUGUGAUAUGGAAACGGUUGCAUGAGAACUCCUAUGAAAGGUAAAUCACUAGGGUCUUUUAGCUCUUGCUCAAGACUCUGACUCUAUGCAUGUUACAAUACCCAUCUCCUAAACACUUAAACAUCGGAGUUAUUCUUUACUAGUACUCCUGACAGGCUCCAUUGCUUACAUUUCAUUUCUUUUGCAGAUACGAUUUGGUGGUUGUUCGACACGAGAAAAACUGUUGUAAUAAGAUGGUAUUAAUAAAACUCACAUUCUAAUUAAGACCACAGGGUAAAUGGAGAAGUUCAUCCUUAACAAAGAGCAGCAAGAUCACCCUGUACUUUCUUUUUUUAUUUUUUUUAUUUUAUGUGCCAUUGCCUAUUGUGGAUUGGAUAGAUUUGGUUCCCAACUUGGAAGCUUUUUCCCAUGAUUCAUGAAAAAAGAAGUCAUUACUAUGACUUAUGGAGGACAGGGGAGAGUCAAAAGGAGGGAAGGAAUAUUCGACUUACAUGAGCUGUGAGGAUGCUGACAGAAGCCAAUCAAGCCGCAAGAUCCAGUUAAAUCCUAAAAUCAUUUUCCUUAAUUUAUAGAAUUGAGAAUUUA